AUGGCUCUCUUGGCUCUCCGGAUCUUUGCAGUUCUUCUCUGUCUUGUGUGCCAUUCAUGUGCUGCCCUUCUCAAUGGAGCAAAGUGUGGCUCUCCACAGCUAAGAAGCACUUUCGAUCGCUAUCUGAGGAUCGUUGGAGGUUCGCAGGCGCUUUACGGUUCUCACCCCUGGCUGGUGUCUCUGAGGUUCAGAGGAUCUCAUUUCUGCGGAGCUGCCAUCCUCACCGACCGCUGGCUUCUGACUGCCGCUCAUUGCUUCUCUACUUCCACAGAAGAGUUCCUGCGUGGUGUGGAGGCCGUGGUGGGCGAGUAUGACCAGAGAGUGGUGGAUCGUGGUGAGCAGAGGUUUGGUGUGAAGAAUGUGAUGCUUCAUGAGCAGUACCAUCAUACACUUCCUAUGAACUAUGAUAUUGCCCUGCUGGAGCUGAAAGGACACAUCCACUUCAAUGACUUUGCUCAGCCUGUUUGUCUUCCUCUUCCUGGUGAGAUCUUCCCACCAAAGACCACUUGCAAUGUUGCUGGAUGGGGACGGACAAAAGAGAGAGGUCAGAUGGCUUCAGUUCUUCAUGAAGUGCAGUUGAACCUGGUAGAUCCAGCAAUCUGCAAGCACAUCCUACAGACCCUCAGUCCAGGACUGCAAAACCUCACAGUGCUGUGUGCUGGACCAGAGAGAGGAGGGAAAGAUGCCUGCCAGGGGGACUCAGGUGGUCCUUUGCUGUGCCCACGGGCAGAUGGACAAUGGGUGGUUGUCGGAAUCACAUCUUGGGGCAAAGGAUGUGGACGCAGCUGGAUCAACAACAGGAUGAAACCCCUGAUUGGAAGAAGCUCACCUGCUGUGUUCACUAAUAUCCCUGUGUUCAUCAAAUGGUUGCUCCAGAAAGGUUUGCCUCAUCUCUGUGUUAGCAUGAAAGCAGUUUGGAGAAGGGGUUCAAUAUAUAUGCAGAUUUUGAAGUAGUUUCCCAUUUGAGUCAUAAUGUUUAUGGGAAUAAAUCUGAUAUAUGUGGCUUUCCUUCAUUCAGGAAAAUUAAUCUCCCAGUUAAGUGUACAAGACGGAGAUCUAAAAGGCAGUGAGGGAAUUAUACAAUACCCGGUUAACCCAGGCCUGAACUACAGCAACAAUGAGGCAUGCUCCUGGUCUAUCAGUGUACCAGGUGACAAAAGAAUCCUGCUGGAAUUCUUGAAGUUUGACCUGGAGAACCACCAUCUGUGCCAAAGUGAUCACCUCACUGUGUUUGCUGGUGAAGGCCUACCUAUAGGCCGAUUUUGUGGCAGCAAGUCCCCUGCACCACUGCUCAUACACUCCAACACCACCACGCUUCAGUUCAUGUCUGAUUUCAGCGUCUCGGGCUCAGGCUUCUCUGUCCGUUUCAGAGCUGUCGAAGAUGACUACACUUUGGGGCCAGGCUGCGGCACAGUGGCACUGUUUCAAUCCCUGGCGGCCCUGCAGAGCCCUGACUACCCACGAUCCUAUGGCGACGACACCCAUUGCCGCUGGGUAAUCUAUGUCCCUGAGGGUUAUGUUGUCAAGCUCGCCUUCACUGACUUUGUCUUGGAGGAGUCUGAAGGGUGUCAGUAUGACUCACUGUCUGUAUUCGGAGACUUUGAAGCAAGAGAACAAAUUGUGGUCUUGUGUGGUCAGAGCAUUCCUCCCCCGGUGUUGAGUUUUGGCAGGGUGAUGGUUGUGCAGUUCAUGACAGAUAGCAGCGUGUCUGCCCGCGGCUUCAGCGCUAAUCUCUCAGUCAUCAGCAAAAAGGACCUCCAAGAUGGAGAGAAUGAAGAUGUGGAUGAAGAAGAAAAUGAUGCCAGCGACCUCCUCCCUCUGUAGUCAGAGAGAGCUUUGUCCUCUUCACACACUUUGUGUUAGAACAGAGGUAUGCACGGUUGCCAGGUCUGUGUAUUUUUUGUCUGCGGAUUGUGGAUUCGGUGUGUUGCAAGAGAAAAUAAAUUAUAUCAGUGUUUUGCAAGCCAGAUAGGUUUGAUUUUAUGCAAACAGUAAAUGCACAGGCUGUUCUGUAUUUAUGUUGGCUGAGGUGUUGGGCAGUAACCCAAAUAAAAUAAAAAUGAAAUGAAAUAAAAUAACAGUACUUCAGUGUAAAGAUGUGUAUAAAUGGGUUACUCAUUCUCAUAUGUAGUCGUUAUUUGUGAAAAUGUUAACAUAAUAUGACACUAUUUUAUUAUAUUUUAGGUUUUCUGAUUGAAAAAAUAUACCAUACAGUGUAUUUGUGGAACCUAAUCAUGUGAUCUAUCAAUUAAACUAAAUAGGGUUGUUUGGAAAAAAUGAUUAUGUAUACACAUAAAAAGUUCUCAUUAGUAGACUUUUUCACUCUUCUGGAGAUUUAUUUAAUUCAUGCCCUGGCUUAACCCAUACUUCAGUUAAAUGAAAGUAAAACAGAAGUCAUUAUCUUCCAUCGUUUCCUCUGUCCUUGACGUCCAGUUAGGUCCUCAUUCCUCUAACAUUGAUAAGAUUGUCAAAAAUCUUGCCAUUAUUUUUGACUCAGAUGUACUCUUUGAUAAACGAAUUAGUUCAGUUGUUAAAGGACACUUCUUUCAUUUAAGAUCUGUUACGAAGUUAAAACAGUUUGUCUCUACAAAAGACCUGGAAACUGUGAUUCACGCUCUGAUUACAGCACGGCUGGACUACCGUAAUUCUCUGUAUGUUGGCCUUCCUCAAAUUGUCUUAUCUCGCUUGCAGCUUGUGCAAAAUACAGCAGCUAGAUUUUUAACAAUGACCAAAAAGAGGGAUCAUAUUUCCCCUGUUUUGGAAUCUCUACACUGGCUUCCCGUUAAGUUCCGAAUCGAUUUUAAAAUUCUUAUUUAUGUAUAUAACUCUUUCUGGUCUUGCUUCACAGUACAUUAUUGACCUUCUUCACCUUUACUCUCCUACCAGAACACUAAGAUCUACUUAUCAACUUCUUCUAUCUGGUCUCUGUUGUUGUACUAAGACAGCUUUUCUGUGGUUGGUCCCAAUCUCUGGAACAAUCUCCCCUUUCACGUGAGGUCCGCUCCACCUUUAGCCAUUUUUAAAACUUAUUUUUAUUCUUUGUCUUAUGAUGCUAUUUAAUGUGAUGCUAUAUGAUGUUAUGUACAGUACUUUGGAUCAACUACUGUUGUCUUUAAUUGUGAUUUUUCAAUAAAACUUGACUUAACUUUUGUC